CCUCCUCCCCUUCCGCAGGUCAAGGGGUUGGAAAGAACGGGACAGAGACUCCGCUGGCCGAUUCUUCACUCUGGACGGUUCAUUAUUUAAGAAUGGUGGACAGUGCCUUGGUUAAAACCUUCCGGGUGCCUGCAAGACAUGGUUAUGCCGUAGAGGUCUCUCCUUAUUUCCCCUCCAGACUGGCCUGCGCUACCUCCCAGUAUUAUGGAAUAGCAGGUUGUGGAACAUUAGUGGUUCUGGAACAGACAGAAGCUGGAAUUGUCCCUUUCAGGAGUUUUGACUGGAAUGAUAGUCUUUUUGACGUUACCUGGAGUGAGAACAAUGAACAUGUCCUGAUCACUGGUAGUGGUGAUGGAUCUCUGCAGCUCUGGGACACUGCAAACCCUACUGGACCCCUCCAAGUCUUCAAAGAACAUGCUCAAGAGGUUUAUAGUGUUGAUUGGAGCCAGACACGAGGAGAACAUCUGGUAUUAUCUGGUUCGUGGGAUCAAACAAUAAAAGUUUGGGAUCCGAUGGUAAAAGAUUCAGUCUCUACAUUCCGUGGCCAUGAAAGUGUCAUUUACAGCACAGUUUGGUCACCACAUAUCCCAGGUUGCUUUGCCUCAGCCUCAGGCGAUAACACUCUACGAGUCUGGGAUAUAAAGACAGCAGGAGCCAGGAUAAUCAUUCCUGCUCAUCAAGCAGAGAUACUGAGCUGUGACUGGAGUAAAUAUGAUCAGAAUAUGCUUGUUACUGGAGCAGUUGACUGCACUUUAAAAUGCUGGGACCUAAGAAAUAUCCGACUGCCAGUGCAUCAUCUCGCUGGCCAUACUUAUGCUAUACGAAGAGCUAAAUUUUCUCCAUUUCAUGCAUCUAUAUUAGCCUCUUGUUCCUACGAUUUCAGUGUCAGGUUUUGGGAUGUUUCCAAGCCUGACUCGGCAAUUGAAACAGUGGAGCACCACACAGAAUUUGUAUGCGGCCUUGAUUUCAGCUUACAUAUUCCUGGUCAGGUUGCAGAUUGUGCCUGGGAUGAGACAGUGAAGAUCUAUACUCCAGCUUGCCUUACAGUUAGUCAUUAAACUUGGCAUCACUGGAAGAUUUAGAACAUCAUGUCCUGAAAAAAAGUACACAAGAUUACUAUUUGAUUCAUUUUUUCAUUUUUGUAUAUAAGCAACAUUUGGGAACUCAUACAAAGUGAAGAGUUAUAUUUGGUGAAUUUGUAAGGCUCUUCACCAAUAUAUAUUCAGCUGGAUGUACAGUUUGAAGUGUAUUUUGCAUUGUUGACUUGCACUUGAAGGGAAAGAAUAAUUGAGAGUUGUUGUUAUUUUAGUAUCAUGCUUAAAAGCUUGAGAAAUGGGAAUGGCAGCAAUACUAUUUUAUCUGUUCACAUUUCACACUGCUUGAGAAAGUAGUGGAUGAAAUUCAAUAUCGGUAGUUCCUUAUUUAUUUAUAAUUAUUUCUUAUAGUGAAUUCAAAUAUGAUAUAGUACCUAACCAUUGAGAAGGUUGCAAACUAUGGAUCCGUUUGACUGUACAGUUGAGGAAAUGUGUUUGGAUACAAAUACUUGUUCCAUUCAUAUGGUUCAUCCUCAUGUUUGGAUCAGUGAAGAGGAUCUGCUCAAACCAUGUUUAUUUUCUCCUUGUUCCUUGGGGACUGGAUGCUGCAGUGGGCUAGAUGUUAGCUUUGCAGCCCUGGGACGUGGUUCAGGCUGUUUUGAUGAGAAUCGUCUCUUUGCUGGUUAUAAGGAUCUGAAAUUAGUUUAAUUUCAUCUAGUUCCUGAUAGGCAAAGGGCUGCAAGAUAAAAACAUUGGUACAGACUGAUACUCCCAUGGCAAUUGUACUUGGGUGUGAGAAAUUUUUAAAAUACAUUUUGGUAGAAUGGAGUGUGUUUCUGUUUUUGGAGCUGUACCACAUUGAGAAAUGGAUGACCGGUUAAUCUGUUCUUUUAUUAUACCUAUUACCAUGUAUGACAGCCACCCUAGUGGUAGGACUGGUACCAGAAUUAGCCUGUCCUUUUAUUAUAGGGCAACCAUAUAGAAAGCAUUACCUUAAAAUCUCAACCAGGCCUGUUCCACAGACCAAGAUAACUGGCAAAAACACAUGCAGACUCAACUAGAUCAAACUUGUCUAGAGAGGGUGGAGAAAAAGAUGUUCCAGAGCAACUCAUUAAUAAAUACCACCCUCACCCAAGUCAUCCAAAUCAAUGUGGCAAGAUAGAUAUUGAGCCUCAAUCAUGUUAUGACCAGAUGAGAAGGAGUGGAGGCCCCCUGGUAUUCAGGCUCCUCGGCUGGUCACAAAGGUUUAAGUUUCUUUUUCAUGAAGGUGUGCCUUUUCUGAAUCUAAAGGUAUUUAACUAAGCAGUGAGCAAUAAGGAGCCAAUCAGACAAAGGUUUCUUGCGUUAAAGAAAGAGCAAAUUUAUUAACACUAAACCCAAGGGAAAAAGUAAUAAAAUCACGAUGUCAAACACACAGGCAGCAGAAAUGAGGGAAAUUAGAGUCCGAUUAAAAGAAUAUAUGGUUGAGUGUCCUUUACUUGUCCUUGACAUAUAGAUUGUUAAAUGUUGCGACUGAUUUAGGCUAGGUGGUUUCUGGGAAGUGAAGAUAUUGCACUUCUUAUGAGUUCUGGGUUCGCUGGUAAGUUUCUGGUAACAUUGACUUCUUUAACCAUGUGAAACACACUUUUUCAACAGAGAGGGAGAGCACAACUUCCUUGACAUCCUGUCACUUGUAAUCUCUCUCAGGUGGCUGCAACCUCGCCUUGAAAUACUUCACUCAUUGUGUAUUUCCAAGGGACUUUGGGUGGGUCUGUCAGUGACAGCCAUUUUUUAAAAUAUCCAGCACUUGCAUUUCAAUAUAUCUUCCUUAAGACAGUGAGGAAUUUCGAUGGAUCUUUAAAUUAUAGGAAAGAUCCCUCUCUUUAUACUCCCCUGAAAGUACCUUGUUCAUUUUUUCACCUUCACCUUGGAAGGUGGCCUUGCCUUUUUAAGUAGUUUGUUCUGUCUCAGAUCGAAUUGCAGAGUUUGAAUUUGUAAGUCCAUGUCAGAACCUUCCAGAAGCUGGUCACUGGUAAUACCAGGCAUCAAAUAACUUGUGGCAGCCAUCUUUUGGCAGUGUCUUUUCUUGUCUUUAACGAGUCCUUUUUAAACAGUUCAAUACAUGUUUUGUCAGAUGGUGAAAUUACAGAUUGGUAUCACUCAAGCACUAAUCAUGUUACCAUGACACUCAUUUGAUGUAAGCUGGCACAAGCCCAAAAAACAUUGACCUACCCAUGACUACAAUGGGCAACUGGAGUUCCUUAGAAUCAAGGAAUUAGAAGAACAAGGUGUCUUAAUUAAAUUGCCAUCCAGAGCUAAUUCAUCAUUGUUUCAUGUUCCCAAACCAGAUUAGAGGUGGAGAUUGGUGGUUGAUUAUACCACCUUAAAUAAGGGGAUAGCUCCACAUGUUGUACAACAGCAAAAUUCCACAGCUCUUCUGUCUGGUAUAAAGAGGGAGGAAUAUAAAUCUUGUAUUGAUUGAGUAAGUGGCUUUUGGUUACAUCCAAUUAAUGAGCCUGACUGAUUAAAAAGAAAACAUUUAUGACUGAA